AUGAAACGAUCGGGUGAAACUGUAGAGGGUGUAAUGGCAUUUUCAAAUGAGAAUGCGACACUUGAGGACAACACUACGACAUUAGAGGGUGACACUGCGACGCUCGAGGAUAAUACUACAUAUGAUGAGGGAAAUGAGGAUUUGUUCCCUGCUGAUGAAUAUAGAUUUGAUGACAAUUCAGAUGAUGGGCUUGAUGAAUGGCAUGAUGAGAGUUCAGACGAUGACUGGCUUUAUGACAGUGACAUUCCAAUUUGCGAUAAUGUUGAAGGCGAAACAAAACCUGUUGAAGGUGUUGAUGAAAGGGGAAAUGCAGGGAUAUCUCGUACGUGGGUAAUUCUAGGUGCAAAAAGGUUCUCCUUCCAAACAAUUACCACUGAGGAGUCGACAUGUGCCGAUUAUCUCUUAUACAAAAGAAGAAUGUUUUCCUUGAAGGCCGAGUUGAAACGAGCUUUGAACAUGUUGGCUCUAAAAGAACAAUUUGGGAUAAGAGUAAAAAGGUCAUAUAAAGGUCGUUAUGAGGUUGGUUGCAAGGACAAAGCAUGUAAGUUCGAUGUGCGUGCAACGAAGUUACUUGAAGGAGAAUAUUGGCAAGUUCGGAUGUUCCACAAAGUACACACGUGUACUGUCGAUGGCUUGCAAGGGCGAUUUUCAACUUGGGGAUUGGAAUGCUUGUAUGGUAAGGCUUGGCAAGCGAAGGAGUAUGCGAAGAAGCUUGUUUUCGGUCCCCCGGAGGAGUCAUUUCAACUAUUACCCUCAUAUUUUUAUAUGUUGGAACAAGAAAAUCCCGACACAAUCACUACAGUGGCUACUGAUGUGGUAGAAAGAUUCAAAUAUUGUUUCUGGUCAUACGAGACUUGUAUUCGGGGGUUUAGGGAUGUAAUGCGUCUUAUGGUUACAAUUGAUGUGACACAUUUGAAAAGCAAGUUCAAGGGUGUUCUAUUUAUCGCUGUAUGCAAAGAUGCGAACAAGUGUGUAUAUCCAAUUGUGUUUGGCAUCGGCCAUGUUGAGGACAAAGACUCAUGGACGUGGUUUCUUAGCAAGCUGCGUGAUGCGGUUGGUUGUCCUGAAAACAUUAGGUUCAUUUCUAAUCAGCAUCUUAGCAUUAAGAAAACAAUCCAAAAUGCAUACCCAGAAACACACCACGGAUUAUGCGGUUACCACUUGAAGAAAAACUUUAAAAACAAGUUCAAGCAUGACGAUGUUUCUAUGAUUUUCAACCUUGCUUGA